GCCAGCGCUCGGGUCCGCCUCUGACUGCGGCGCGGCGGGGCGAUGUGUGAUUACCAUGGCGAGGAGUCUCUGUCCGGGGGCCUGGCUAAGGAAACCCUGUUACCUCCAGGCUCGCUUCUCAUAUGUGCGAAUGAAAUAUCUUUUCUUUUCCUGGUUGGUGGUUUUUGUUGGAAGCUGGAUUAUAUAUGUGCAAUACUCUACCUAUACAGAACUAUGCAGAGGAAAGGACUGUAAGAAAAUAAUAUGUGACAAGUACAAGACUGGAGUUAUUGAUGGGCCCGCAUGUAAUAGCCUUUGUGUUACAGAAACUCUUUACUUUGGAAAAUGCUUAUCGACCAAGCCCAACAAUCAGAUGUAUUUAGGGAUUUGGGAUAAUCUACCAGGUGUUGUGAAAUGUCAAAUGGAACAAGCACUUCAUCUUGAUUUUGGAACUGAAUUGGAACCAAGAAAAGAAAUAGUGCUAUUUGAUAAGCCAACUAGGGGAACUACUGUACAGAAAUUCAAAGAAAUGGUCUACAGUCUCUUUAAAGCAAAGUUGGGUGACCAAGGCAACCUCUCUGAACUGGUUAAUCUCAUCUUGACAGUGGCUGAUGGAGACAAAGAUGGCCAGGUUUCCUUGGGAGAAGCAAAGUCAGCAUGGGCACUUCUUCAAUUAAAUGAAUUUCUUCUCAUGGUAAUACUUCAAGAUAAAGAACAUACCCCCAAAUUAAUGGGAUUCUGUGGUGAUCUCUAUGUGAUGGAAAGUGUUGAAUAUACCUCUCUUUAUGGAAUAAGCCUUCCGUGGGUCAUUGAACUUUUUAUUCCAUCUGGGUUCAGAAGAAGCAUGGAUCAGUUGUUCACACCAUCAUGGCCUAGAAAGGCUAAAAUAGCCAUAGGACUUCUAGAAUUUGUGGAAGAUGUUUUCCAUGGCCCCUAUGGAAACUUCCUCAUGUGUGAUACUAGUGCCAGAAACCUAGGAUAUAAUGAUAAGUAUGAUCUGAAAAUGGUGGACAUGAGAAAAAUUGUGCCAGAGACAAACCUGAAAGAACUUAUAAAGGAUCGUCACUGUGAGUCUGAUUUGGACUGUGUCUAUGGCACGGAUUGUCGAACUAGCUGUGAUCAGAGUACGAUGAAGUGUACCUCAGAAGUGAUACAACCAAACUUGGCAAAAGCCUGUCAGUUACUCAAAGACUACCUGUUGCGUGGUGCUCCAGUUGAAAUUCGUGAAGAAUUAGAAAAGCAGCUGUAUUCCUGUAUUGCUCUCAAAGUCACAGCAAAUCAAAUGGAAAUGGAACAUUCUUUGAUACUAAAUAACCUAAAAACAUUACUGUGGAAGAAAAUUUCCUACACAAAUGACUCUUAGUUCAUUUGGACAUUGUGACCAUUUUAAGAAAUUUAGCACUUCAAAAGAAAAAUCUUGAACAUUUUUUCUAAAUGGCUUGAUUCAAAUCCUUGCCAGUUAUCACAAAACUCCUUUCCCCUGAUCCUAAGGAAGCCAUCAUCUUAAAAUACAUGUUGAUUGCUGAAGUAAUGGCAGGAGGUAUAGGAUCAAAAGGUCCAAAAAUAUUCAUUCCUGCCUUUUAGAAACGCUGGUACAUUUCCUAGUACAUUCACCGUGUAACUAUUUUGACUAAUGACUUAAAAUAAUGCUGUGAAA